UCGAAAUGUAAUCACAAAAAUAUGCAACAAAAUAUUAAAUUUAUAAUUUGUAUUGCAUAUACUGAAUUAUUUAAAAAGCAGCACGUGGCAUCGUGAUUUAAGACUAUUACUCUGUGCUAUUGAUCAAAAUGGGAAAUAAAAAACUUAAGUGGAAAUCAAGAAAUGUCGCUCAAGUUGAAAUUGAUGACUCUCCAACAAGAAAGAUUAUCCUAGAUAUUAACUACCGUGAGGAGAAUUAUGAUGCAAGUAACACAUUAGCCCUUCCCAGUGAAAAAAGAAAGACAAAAAGUAAAGUUGAGAAAGUGUCUACAACUAGAUUGUUGUCUAAGAAACGCAGGAAACAGUUGGAGAAAGUUGUAGAGAAAAAGAAAAAGAAAUUGAAUAGAGCUACACUUUUAGAAGAACUAGCAAAAGUUCAAGCACCCCAGGAAGAACUGAAUCAUUAUGUAUCUUUAACCAGCAUUCAGACUAAAGGUUUAAAACGUCACUUUAGAGAAAUAGAACUACCUACUAAAGAAUAUGAAGUUAAUGCAAAUGAUGAAGAUGAAAAUGAUGCUGUAGAAGUACCUGUAAAUUCUAUUAAAGGUGGUAAGAAAAAGAGACUGGCAAUUUUAGAAGAACAAAGAAAGGAGGAAGCUGUCUCUGAUCCAAAUGUUGUUGGUUUUGAUGAAUUUACUGAUAGUGAUUCAGCACCUAAUAACAGUGAAUCAGAGGGUGAUGAUAAUGAGGUGGACUGUGAUAAUAAACCAGAAUCAAAUGAUACAGAUGUUCAGCAAGAUGAACAAGACAAGAAUGUCCCCAAAGAUACAACCUUUGUAGAAAAUUCACAACAUCAAACUGAAAAUAUAAAAAAUGAUAAAGAAAAUCAAUCUCCUGACAGUAAAAGUACAAAGAAGGAUGAAAAAGUAAAAGUCUCUGUCACUGUAGAAAAGAAACCUGCUGUUUUUGUAACAGUACAAAGAAAGCCCGAAAUUCAGGCAGCUAGGCUGAAGCUGCCAGUGGUAGCAGAGGAACAAGUUAUUGUAGAGGCAAUUAACGACAAUCCUGUUGUAAUAAUUACCGGCGAAACAGGAAGUGGUAAAACGACUCAAGUACCACAGUUUCUCUAUGAAGCUGGUUAUGCUCAAGAGAAACUGAUAGGAGUAACUGAACCUAGAAGAGUGGCCGCAAUAUCAAUGAGCAAACGCAUAGCAGAAGAAAUGAAUCUUACCGAGAAGGAGGUUUCAUAUUUAAUUCGUUUUGAAGGAAACGUUACACCAGAGACAAAAAUCAAGUUCAUGACUGAUGGUGUUUUACUGAAGGAAAUCCAAAGUGACUUUUUGCUUACAAAGUAUUCUGUAAUUAUCUUGGACGAAGCACAUGAACGAAGCGUGUAUACUGAUAUUUUAAUAGGAUUAUUGUCACGAAUUGUACCGCUGCGUAAUAAAAGAAAAAAUCCUCUAAAACUUGUAAUAAUGUCAGCCACGUUACGAGUUGAAGAACUUGUAGAAAAUGUCAAAUUAUUUAAACAGAAACCACCAGUACUGUCUGUAGAAUCAAGGCAGUUUCCUGUCACUAUACAUUUCAAUAGAAGAACCAACACCAAUUAUGUCUCUGACGCCUUCAAGAAAGCGGUGAAGAUACAUACUCGUCUUCCCGAUGGUGGAAUUUUAAUUUUUCUAACAGGACAGCGAGAAGUAAAUUAUGUUGUUAGAAAAUUACGUAGAGCUUUUCCUAUAAAAGAUAAAAAAGAAACUAAAAAGAGACGUCAUAAACUUGACAAGAAUUCAGAUUCUUUGGAGAAAGAAAAAGAUAAAAGUUCUGCUGAAAAAGAGGAAAAUGUAGAUGGUUCAGAAGACAAUAGUGACAAUGAUAAUUUUGACGAUGAUUUCCGUAGUAAAGAAGCUAUUCGUUAUAACAAAUUACGACAAAAGAAACAAAUUCAGCUGCCAAAUAUUAGUCUUGACGAUUACUCUGUGGUUCCUACGGAUGAUACUCAUGAAGAUUUACUCGAAGUGGACGAUGAGGAAGAGGGACAAUUGGACGAAGACGAAGACGAAGAUGAUGACGUUCUUGAUUUAAACACUUUGAAGAAUGCACAGCCCUUAUGGGUUCUACCUUUGUAUUCCAUUUUGCCAUCUCAUGAACAAGCAAAGGUGUUUGAACCACCGCCAGAAAACUAUAGAUUAUGUGUAGUUGCUACAAAUGUAGCAGAAACUUCCUUGACGAUACCCGAUGUAAAAUAUGUAAUAGACUGUGGACGUUGUAAAACAAGAUUGUAUGAUAGAGUAACUGGUGUGAGUACAUACCAGGUUUGCUAUACAAGCAAAGCAUCAGCUAAUCAACGCGCAGGAAGAGCUGGUAGAGUUGGACCUGGUCAUUGCUACAGGCUGUAUUCUUCAGCAGUAUUUAAUGAUCAAUUUGAGCCAUUCAGUCAAUCAGAAAUCCAAAGGAAACCCGUGGAUGAUUUGUUGUUACAAAUGAAAGUGAUGAAUAUUGAUAAAGUUGUGAAUUUUCCAUUUCCCACUCCUCCAGAUAUUGUACAAUUGAAGACUGCCGAGAAACGACUUCAAAUUCUCGGUGCUUUGCAACGGCCUUCCAAUAAAGAAGGGUCUUACAGUGCCAAGAUUACACCACUCGGUCAGAGCAUUGCUGCAUUCCCAGUUGCUCCCCGUUAUGGGAAGAUGUUAGCUCUUUCGCAUCAACACAAUCUUCUAGCGUACACGGUGUGCAUGGUUGCUGCACUUUCUGUCCAGGAAGUUCUAAUGGAAGCGUUUAAUACAGAUGGUGCUUCUAAAAAGUGGUUGCAAGUGAGGCGUUUUUGGGCUGGAGUAGGAAACAAUUUACUUCUUGGUGAUCCCAUGGUUUUGAUCAGAGCUGUGGGAGGUGCAGAGUAUGCUGGAAUUAAAGGAAAGCUGCUAUCUUUCUGUGCAGAGUAUGGCUUACGACAUAAAGCAGUUGUGGAAAUCAGAAAACUUAGACAACAACUGACGAAUGAAAUUAAUUUAAAUAUUCCAAACUUAAAUCUUACUAUUGACCCAGAAAUGAAACCACCGCUUGACACAGAAGCCAAACUGCUUAGACAAAUAGUUCUGGCUGGAAUGGCUGAUCAAGUUGCAAGAAAAGUAAUGCCUGACGAAGUCAGUGAAGACCAAGACAAGAACAAAUAUAAAUAUGCUUACAAAACUAUGGACAUGGAAGAUCCAGCAUUCAUGCACUCAUCGUGCGUGCUUAGAAGAACAUGUCCUGAAUGGGUAGUUUAUCAAGAAGUAUACGAAACGAAUAAAAUGUAUAUGCGUGGAGUUACAGCAAUAGAACCUGAAUGGUUACCUAAAUUUGCCCCAUCUUUAUGUCGGCUUGGAGAUCCUUUAACUGACCCACCUCCAAGAUAUGAUACAGAAACGGGAAAAGUCAUGUGUAGUAUAACAGGGACGUUUGGAAAAGCUGGUUGGAAAUUGCCAGUAAUGGAUAUGGAGCAUCCAUUAUCUGUAGAAGGUGUCAAAUGGUUUGCUUGCUUCCUUUUGGAGGGAAAAGUAUGUCCUAAAUUGAAACAGUUUGUUCCUUCGCUGUUAUCAUCACCGCAGAGCAUCAAUAAAGGAUGGGCUAAGUUGAUACCGCGAACGCAGGAAAUGACACAGCAUUUGUUAUCUCGUGGAAUUAUGUCGAGAGAUAAGUUAUUCGAAACUUGGAAGGACGACAGAAGUUUUCUUCUGUCAUCUUAUCAGAAAUGGCUACCGGAAUCUAUACACGGACAUAUUACAAUUAUUUGGCCACCUGUAUAAUAAACUAUGUACAUAUGUACACACAAUUGUAUAUAUAUAUUUAUAUAAUUAAAUUUUAUAAUAUACAAAAAUUUAAUAGA